AGAUCACAAAGUAAAUGGAGGGUGUUGGUUAGAGAAGAUGGAAUAUUAUGGGAAUUUGUCAAUCCAAGGAUUCUGCCUCUGUCGAUCGAAUUGAGGGGUUUCAUGGAGAUCUAACUUCUAAAAAGGACUGUGAUACAGAUACAGAUACAGAUACAGAUAGUGUAUCUAGUUUAGACAGCACUUUAGUAAUUUCAGAUCUAUAUUCAGAUUCAAGAAAUGAGAACAACGAAUUGCCAUCAAAAAUUGACCCAGCUGAAGAAGAGCAACAAAAUUCUAAAAAUUUAAAAAAUCGAAAGAAGAGACAAUUUAAAAGGGAGCAAGUUGAGCGAAUAUUAGAAAAAAAAGAAUAUGAAAGCAAAAUUGAUUUUGAGCGACGAGCCUGGAGUGAGCUGGAGCUAGAGCGGGAGAAAUGGAACAAGCUAGAGCUAGAGAGAAGAACCCGGAGCAAGCUAGAACUACAGAGCAGAGUCGGAAGCAAAACAAGCAAUAUUAAUGCCAGCAAAGCAGGGCUAAGGAGCAAACCAAUGAGCCGCCAGGGUCGGCAGGAACGAGAUGUUCCGUCCGCGCCGGUUCAGCGUAAAACCGUUCACGAAAAAUUAGUUGGAACUGAAAAUGUUAUUAUUCAGUUUUUUCAAGGACGAAAACGAAAAAAGAAGAAGCGACGGAACCCAAACCUGAACUCCGAGUUCCACGCUAAACAGCAGCUCACCCUGUUCAUCCCUCUCAAGGAUAGGAUUGAGAGCGUCACAUGUAAUCCAGAUCAGAUAUUUAAACUUAGGGAUGAUUCUGAUGAGGUCUGGUGGGAAGUAUCUACUGUAGAUCCUGAGACCCACCAGCCUGUCUCCGGGUAUACCUCUAGGUACAACUUCUAUCCCAAGGACUCGGAGAGACGAGAGGACCAGUAUCCAUGGUUUUUAGGUGAUUUAAGUCGGGAAGAGAGUGAAGAACUACUUCAUAACUCUGCCAACCCUCAGGGGGCCUUUCUUCUCAGAUUUAGUAACAAUAAAAACCAAUUCGUUCUUUCAGUUAAGAAGUUUAACGAAGAAAACUCAAAAUGGGAAAUGAGUCAUUUUAACAUUCAUCAAGCAGUCAACAAGGAGACAGGAAAAGUAAAAUUGUAUUUGAAAAGAAAUGAAAAAUUUAGUUCUCUUGAGAAACUAUUGAACCACUAUCUAACCGAGGCUGUGGAUCUAUCUCCAUUUAACCUGACUACAAUCUGUAUCCUUUCAAACCCAACUUCAGACCCAGCUUUUCUAAGAAGGUGGGAACUCGAGUCUGAGACUGAUGCUUGGCAGGUUCCAAGGGAGGAAAUAGAACUCCUGGAGGAACUAGGGCAUGGGUUCUUUGGUACUGUUAACAAAGGGAUAUGGAGAAACCAGAUUCCUGUAGCUGUGAAAACCCUGAGAGUUGAUAAAGGAUCCAGGAAUAAUCAUGAGAGAGAGAAGGAAACGUUUCUCAAGGAGACUGAGAUAAUGAAACGAUUAAACCAUCCUCAUGUUGUGAAAAUGUUCGGGGUCUGUAUAGAGAAAUCUCCGUUCUACCUUAUUCAAGAACUUUGUGUUAACGGGGAUUUAUUGCAUCAUCUUAGAAAGUUUUUAUUCCUGAAAUUUCCUCAUGACAAGAGAAAAGAUAAGGAUGAAAAUAUUCCUAGAUUUCAUACAACACUAGUCUGGUCUCUUCAAAUACUCAAGGGCAUGGAAUAUUUGGAAUCUCGCAGUCUUGUUCAUAGAGAUCUGGCAGCCAGGAAUGUUCUGUUAGACCGUCUAUUUCAAGCAAAAGUUGCGGAUUUCGGGCUAACCUUUGACAGGUUGGAUGAGAAGGAAGAGGAGGGAAAACCAAUAAUAGCUGUUUAUUGGAGUGCUCCUGAAGCAAUAGACAAACGAGAGUUUAGUCAUAAAUCUGAUGUUUGGUCGUUUGGCGUCACCAUGUGGGAACUAGUUUCACUAGCUGACCGUCCUUAUCAUGGUUUACCUAAGGAAAAAUUAAAAGAAAAGCUGAAAGAAGGACCAUUUUUGAUGGAUCCUCCUAAAAACUACUUUAGGACUCCACAAUAUCUCAUGGAUUCAGUUUACAAUCUACUAAAGGAUUGCUGGGAGAGAAAUCCUAGAUCCCGGCCCAGCUUUAAGGUUUUACAAGGGAGGGUCGAGAGUAUUAUUAAAGAAAACAUUAAGUUUAAAAACAGGACGAAAAGGAACGCCUGGAACGAGAAGACUGAUAAGAUGAAAUCUCGAAUUUCUAUUGCGGAUCGACUACCCGAACCUAGCUUUAACUACACAGGAUCAACUGCUACGGCGUAUGAUUAUGAUAUCAAUAAAUAUGAAAGACAUAAAUAAAAAGUUUAGAGAUUAAUUACAGAUUGAUAAAGCUAAAUUGGCGAUUAAAGCGUUUUGAAUUUUUCGAAAUAUGUCCGAUCAAAAUACAAUUUUGAAAAUUAUUUCACGAAUUGUGCUAAAAGUUAUAGUCACAGCAACGUUACUGUUUGUCAUUAUUUUUUAUAUGAUUAUUGAAUAAAUAAAGAGAUAUUUGU